GCAGCCGUAAGCGAUUUUUUUUUCUGUGUUUUAUUUUCUUUAAUCGAGUGUAUUCCGCGCAUUAUGAGUGAUUGGGAAGAAGAACAGGAUUUCGAGAUCGCGAUUCCUAAGAAGCAAAAAUGGGACGACGAGGAUGUGGAAGAUGAUGUCAAGGAUUCCUGGGAGGAUUCCGAUGAGGAAGAAAAAAAGCCGGCUGCUCCCGUUGUAAAGAAAAAGGUGCCUUUGGCUCAAAAGAUUGCUGAAAAGAAGGCCGCCGAAGAAGCCAAGAGGAAGGAGUUGGAAGAGAAGAAGGCUGCUAUGGCCAAGGCUUUGGAAGAAGAAACCGAAGAGGACGCGUUUGAACGUAAACAACGUCUACGCAAUCUCGAAUUGGAAGCUGAUCUGAAUAGCGCUACUGAUCUCUUUGCUGGCGUGGCUGUCAAUGAUGACAAGCAAAAGCCGAUUGAGGAAUGGAAGCCCAAGACGCGUGUCGAAUUUGAAGCGUAUCACAAACGUUUGGCGGAGAUCAUCGUUGCUCAUUCGAAAUCUAUGAACUACGCCAACUUUGUGGAUCAAUUGGCGCGUGAUUUGUGUGCCCCCAUGAAGGAUAUGGACGUCCGCAAGGUGUCUUCUUCGUUGUCGGCCAUGGCCAACGACAAGCAGCGUCAAGCCAAGGAAGCGCAAAAGUCCAAGAAGAAGGGUAAAGAUAAACCUUCUUUGGUAGGUGCUGGCAAGCCGGCCGCUCGCGACGAUAUGGAAACAUACAAUGCAUAUGACGAUUUUGAUGAUUUUAUGUAAUUGGCUGACGCGUGUGUGUGCUUCAUCAAAAGACUCCCUUACCAAUUUUCCUGCUUCAUUUUUUUUUAUCUUCAAAAAUAUAUUCUCUCUUUGACAUGCAUCUUUUUUUUUUCAUUUAAACAUAUGCUCAUGUGGACUACAUCAUUGGGCCUGCAUACAGACGCGUCACUCGUUUAGUACUGGCAUAUAAAAAUAACUUUUUUUUUUUCGC